CUCUAGCUCCCAGUCUAUCACAUUAGGUACCUACCUAAAUAGGUCGGUACUUUUUUGAGUGAUUGCGACAUGUUCAGUUCCCAUCACGUGCAUCACAUUUGAUGACUGAGCUAUUUUUGUUUGCAGCCGCUAUUACCCAGACCGACCGCUUACUCCUGCUCAAGGAGCUCACCGGGCGGCGCGCGCAAAACGGUCGCGUAGAGCCCGAACACAUUUGCUUCUUUUCAGCACCAGAAACGAACGUAUAGACACGGAUUCGCACUUCUAUCCCUCUCGCCUCACAAUAGAGGCUCUGGGAGUUAUCGCUCGCCGGUCCCUGCCGAUGGCUGGCCUGCGGCAGGGUGUCCAGCACGUACCUGGUGUUCGGCGCACACUACAAACCAAUACGGGAGCGCUCUUGCGGUUUCCCAAAGCCGCUGCACUGAGCUAUGUACCCCUGAAACGGAGGUUGGCGCUGUCAUGCCCGAGGAGCUUCGCCUCCACGCGGCAUGGAGGACCAACACCACGGCCUGUCGGCGAGCUGGUAGCUCCACCUUUUGCCUUCGCAUUCGACAUCGAUGGCGUUUUGCUCCACGAGUCCAGUCCCAUCCCGGGUGCGUCUGAGGCGCUGGGCUACCUGAACAAAAACCAUAUUCCAUAUAUACUUCUUACCAACGGCGGGGGUGAGCAUGAGAAAGACCGCGUUGCGACCCUCAGCGAGAAGCUCAAGGUCCACCUGACCACGGACAAUUUUGUGCAGUCGCACACUCCGUUCCAAGAGCUCGCGCAGGGGCAUGACAGCCUGCGAGAUAAGACCAUUUUCGUCACGGGGUCCAACGCGGCCAAAUCGCGAGAAAUUGCUGAGCGAUAUGGGUUCAAAAACGUAGUUAUCCCGGCCGAUAUUCUCAUGGCCCAGCCGACAGUCUGGCCUUUUGAGCCUCUGAUGGAGUCCGUGUAUGCGGCCACGGCCCGGCCUCUCCCCAAGCCCAUAUACGGCAGCCCGGGGGCGACUAGCGACGCGGAGGCGCUCAAGAUCGACGCCAUGUUUGUGUUCAACGACCCGCGCGACUGGGCGCUCGACAUACAGCUCAUCAUGGACCUGCUCCUCUCCCGCCAGGGCUACCUGGGAACGUACUCGGCCAUCAACGGGACUAGGUGGCAGGGCGACGGGCAGCCGGCCCUCUACUUUAGCAACAAGGACCUCUUCUGGUCCUCCAAGUACCACCUGCCGCGGUUCGGCCAGGGCGCGUUCCAGGCCGCCGUCGCGGGCGUGUGGGACCAGGUCACGGGUGGCGGCGAGGCGGGGAGGCUGCGCCGGACCGUCAUCGGCAAGCCGUUUGCGGAGACUUAUGCGUAUGCCGAGCGCGUCCUUUCCAAGCAUAGGGAGGAGGUGCGACGUCGGGCGGGUCACGGCGGUAAAGCCGGGCUAUCGAGCGUGUAUAUGAUCGGCGACAACCCGGAAAGCGACAUCGCGGGCGCCAACGAGUUCAAGAGCGAGGAGGGUGCCGACUGGUGCUCGGUCUUGGUUCGAACUGGAGUUUGGCACCCGGACCGCGGCGAAAUGAAGCACCAGCCGCGAGUCAUCGUUUACGAUGUGGCUGCAGCUGUGCGCUGGGCGUUGCAGAGAGAAGGUUGGAAGGCAGACUUCUGAGAGCCCGUGGACUUAGGCUCCGGGGCUUCCCACAGGCGUGCAUGUCUCGACGAAGGCGUAUCGGUAUAUCCCUUGCAUGCUUCCUUGUGUCUGCGUGUUUGUAAAUCUUAUUUUGUUUCCGGGCAGGCCUCUCGCGGCUGAUCCCGGAACCAUAGACCGCUAGUCCUCAUCGAUAUAUAGGUACUCAAUAUAAUAGAUACGCGGAUGAAGAAAUGCUCUCACCA